GAAAUGGUAGAUUUUUUUAUUAAUGUAUUGGUCACCUCAGUCAUAUAAAAAGAUUACGUUUUGUGCUCGUCUUUUUCAUCAGAAGUGACAUAGCACACCUCUUUGUAAGCUCAUGUUAACCAUGUUUACCUUUGGUGCUGAUGAGUAAAUGAAAACGUGGGAGCUGUAGGCAUGCAUCCCUCCAGUGAAGCUGUUUACAUUCUGUAGUUUGGGAUAUAAUUUUUUUUCUUUGCUAUUGUAUCGUGCAGUUUUUUUGCCUGUUCUAAUUUGCCAUGACGUGGUCAGUGCUGUUUCCUUCCGGCUGCUUGCGAGCCUGUGGUAGAGAUAAGGAUACGUUUACAGUGCAUUUUUAACAAGAAGCUGAAGAUCUGCUUCAUGUAGGAACUCGAGGACUCUCUGGAUUGUACAAAGAAUUUAUUUACUGGUUUCAUCUGUUUGACACUGUGGGAAUCAAGAUCUAGAGCAUUUUACUUGCAAAAUAACGCCUUUGCUAAACUUGAACUGUGUGUGAAGAAGAAAGGUGAUAUACUUGAGAUAUCCUACAGCUGAGUAGUGAUAAAGGCUAUUGAGGUGGGAAGAACAACUCAGGAAAGGAUUUCCCUUGGUUUGUUUCUCUUUGAGAAGAGAAGAACGCAGGAACACCGAUGAUCUAAGAAAUACGAACACUGAUACUUGAUUCAUUUCAUGAUCCUGCCUUUCUGCCCAGCUGGACCUCGGUGACACUCUCCGUUCUUCCAUAUUCAAGAACACUUUUCUUCUUAUGUGGAGCUGAGACCUGGGAAUGCGUUAUUAUGGCAGCAGUUGUACAGCAGAAUGAGCUUGUGUUUGAAUUUGCCAGCAACGUCAUGGAGGAUGAGCAGCAGGGUCUCAUGGGAAACUUGGUGCCUGUGAGAGCUGCAUCCAGUCCUGACAGCCACAGGACUCCCUCACCCCCAGCUUGUUGGGAAAAGCAGAAGAUUAAGCUUGGCGAUCCGUCUAUUUUCCCUGCUGUCAUCGUGGAGCAUGUUCCUAGCGCGGACCUUCUACAUAACUACUCUGGCUUAACCUGUGUGGAUGAACCUAGUGACAUGAUCACUGAGAGCUCUCUGGAUGUCGCAGAAGAGCAAAUCAUAGAAGAUGAUGAUAUCACCCUCACAGUCGAAGCAUCUUGUCAUAAUGGAGAUGAAACAAUGGAAACAAUCGAGGCUGCUGAAGCACUUCUCAAUAUGGACUCCCCUGGUCCUAUGUUGGAUGAAAAAAGAAUAACAACUAUGUUUGGCACAACUGAAGAUGAUGAUAUGGUGGCUCCUAUUACACACGUGUCAGUCACGCUUGACGGGAUCCCUGAGGUGGUGGAGGUUCACCAAGCGCCAGACCCUUAUGCUGAAUCACCAGAGACUCCAGAAUUCGAACAACCAAAGAAGAAAAAAGGGAAGAAGCCAAAACCAUCUCGUCCUGAGUCCCCUACUACAACUCCAAACAUAUCUGUGAAAAAGAAAAACAAAGAUGGAAAGGGAAAUACAAUUUAUCUUUGGGAGUUCUUACUAGCACUGCUCCAGGACAAAGCUACAUGCCCUAAAUACAUCAAAUGGACUCAAAGAGAGAAGGGCAUUUUCAAACUGGUAGAUUCCAAGGCUGUGUCCAGGUUGUGGGGAAAACACAAAAACAAACCUGACAUGAAUUAUGAAACAAUGGGUAGAGCUCUCAGAUACUAUUACCAAAGAGGAAUACUGGCUAAAGUAGAAGGUCAGCGCCUAGUAUAUCAAUUUAAAGAAAUGCCAAAAGAUCUCAUCUAUAUAGAUGAUGAAGAUGCAAGCCCUAGCACUGAAUCAUCAGAUUCAACUCUGCUCUCAACUCCUGUGGCCAAUAGAAACCAGUCGAGCAGAACUAGAGCAUCUGCAAACGUGGGAACAAAGGGAGGAUCAACCACAGUGCUAAAAACAGGAAACUCAAAGCCUGCUAAGCUGAAGGAGCACGUAGAAGUUGUACAGCAGCAGACACCUGGCUUGACUUCAGAAGUUUUGAGGACAAUGCAAUCUCCGCAGCCGGUACAUCCCACUCAGCUUUUUCGGACAGUUCAUGUAAUGCAGCCAUUGCAGUCCCUCACAGAAGGACAUGCAGCUGUAACCAGUAAUGUUCCAGAUGAAACGUUAAAUCCCUCGGUUCAGAAUAUAAGGACUUUACAGACUCCAACCCAAGUUCCAGUGGUUGUUUCACCUGGAAAUCAGCAGCUGCAUGCUGUAACACUCCAGACGGUGCCUCUUACUACAGUGAUAGCCAGCACAGAUCCAGCCGCAGCAACAACGCCCCAAAAAUUCAUUUUACAAGCCAUUCCUACUUCACAAUCUAUGACGGUUCUUAAAGAAAACGUCAUGCUACAGUCUCAGAAGCCAGUCUCGCCUCCUUCCUCAAUUGUGCUGAGCCCAGCACAAGUUCAGCAGGUGCUCACCAGCAGCGUGCAGACAAUUUGCAAUGGAACAGUCAAUGUGGCUUCGUCUCCAUCCUUCAGUGCCACUACCCCCGUGGUAACAUUUUCACCUAGCAGCUCACAGGUGGUAGCGCAUCCAUCGGGCACAGUGAUCACUUCGGUUAUUAAAGCACCAGAAGCGAAACAGAUUGGCGUACAAGGUGUGGUAAAAGAAGAAGACAGUGACAAAUUAGAUGAUACCGAGCAGUCGGAGCAGAGAUUUCAGCAGCAACCGUUUGUGAUGGUAGUGUCCAGUUCGAAUGGUUUCCCAUCUAACGUGCAAGUGAAGCAAGAAAAUGAGCCAUUGGAACCCAAUUCAUAUCAAUAAAUUUAAAAAAAAAAAAAGAGAGACCCUGUGGAUGAUUAUUUUCAUAAAUGUGAUGGGACCUUUUCAGUUAUGUAUAUAUGAGUUGAUUCUGAAGCAAGAUUUUGCAAAGCUACUUAAUUUCUGCAUUUAAUUGUUAGAAUUCAUGCUUUAGAAUGGAUUUUGAUUUUUUGUUAAUUGCUAAAUGUUAUCAUAUAAAUAAAGUUAUCUAUUACUCAUGUUUCAAAGUACAGGCGUGAAGGAACAUGCUUUUUAUGCUAUGAAGACUUUCUCCUGAGGUUGUUGGCCAAAGUUUCAAACUUCUUUCUUACUGUACAUUUUCAGUCUGUUGACAAUUUACAUUGCAGUAACGUUAUUAUAACCUUUUCUGUUUAAUCCGUACGUGUAUCAUUUAACUUUUGAAGCAACAGUUACUUUAGUGGGACAUUUUCAUUCCAUGUGUAUGAGUUUUUUUAUGAUCAAUUAUCUGUUUCAUACUGGUGAAUUACACCAGUUUUAGACUUUGAUAACCAGGUAUUCUCUUGCAUUUUUUUGCAGCACAAGCUCUUGUGUGUGCAAAAUUGAAUAUACACUCCUAUUGAGAGUACGCGAAACAUUUAUUCCAGUAACGGACAAUGCCCUGUCGGUAUUUUAUAUAAAAACAUCAGAUAUAUUUAAUUACAGAAGCUAACAGCAUCACUACAGGUGCAAACGUCUCAUGCCAUUUUGUGACUAUGAAGCUUAACGAUCUUGCUUUCUACUUCAGAUUAAUUUGUAAGGGGGGAGGGAAACAAAAUAUAUACAGUUUAUGCAGGUAUUUGGAGAUUAAUACUGCUAAGAGUUCUUUUUUUGAUUGUAAAUAAUGUACAUUCAAUGUCACACGGAAGUUUUUUCAGCUAAUUUGUUUCCAUACAAAUUUUUGAUAGAUGCAAAUAAGAUCAUUAUGUUUAGAGGUCUAAUGUUAUAUGUAUUCAUAUUACAGAGUGAAUUUGUAUUUAAAGACAAAUUUUUAAAUGAUGGAGCCCUCUGAACCUUGGGUCCUUGUCUUUUGUAUUUUUAAUUGGUUUAUUAUGAAAAUAAAUCAAGUGGAAAAACAUU